GCGACGGAGGCGAGCUGUCUGUAUGUUUAUUUGUUUUUACCUUUACCUCCGCUGGACCUGGACCCACAUCCAGUUUUUUCUUUUACUUUUUUAUCGGUACCAUUCUUAUUCGCCUUCGGUUCAAUAACCUUUGGCUGACAAGAUGGCAGCCCUUGUAAAAUCUCAGAUGCACUCUCCCUAUUCAUUGCUGUCACGAAUCGGCAACCUUUUGCAAACAUCACAAUGGAGUGACUGCACCUUUUUAGUCGGAGAAAGUGAUUCUAAACAGGAAUUCCGUGCUCAUCGUAUAAUUCUUGCGGCAUGCAGUCCUGUUUUCGAAGCCAUGUGUUUUGGUCCUUUGGCUGAGAAAGGAUCUAUAUCAAUUCCAGAUAUGGAACCCAAAGCUUUUCAGGCUUUACUACAAUAUGUGUAUACAGAUAAUGUUCAAUUUACAAGUGUAGAAGAGGCCUGUGAUGUAUUAUAUGCUGCCAAAAAAUACAUGAUUCUUAAUCUGUGUCAAAUGUGCCAUCUUUAUCUGAAACGCAACAUGCAGGCUAAAGAUGUUGUUGCAGUUUAUGAGUUUGCAAAGUUACUUGAAGAGGAAGCACUGUAUGAACCAUGUUUACUGAUGCUGAGAAAAUAUGCCCUUGAAGUAUUAAAUGAUGCAACUCAUCAUUUAUCACCUAGUACUGUGAUGGAACUUUUGGCAUCUGAUGCUUUGAAUGGUUGUGAAUGUUGCCUCAUUGAAGGGGCAUUGUCCUGGGCCAUUCGAGAAUGUGAAGAAAGAGGUUUGGAGCCAUCAAUAGAAAAUCAACGCUUCAUGUUGACUAACUGUAGUGCAUGGCAUCAAUUAAGGUUCCUAACACUUUCACAACAACAGUUCAUGCGUAUUAGUCAGAUUGAUGGGCUAUUAACUCAAGAAGAAAUUGGUUUCCUUAAGGAAUUUCUGUUUAAAACUUCUGAUGACAAGAGAGCAACACAGUACAGUAACAUGUGUAACAGCAGCUCAUGCUCUGGUAUAGCAGCUUUUGAUGAAAUGGGUGGCAAUGAAAGCAACGAAAGCAACUCAAACAUUGUCGUUGUUAGAGACAAAUGGAAGCGGAGGAGGUUGAAUAUGGUUCUAAUUGGUGUUGAAAAUUCUGAUGAAACAUCAGAUAAAUGGGUUGAAUCUGACUCUGCUAUGUCAACUUCAUUGGACUCAUGUUUCACUCUGUCAGUUCCUCCCAGCAUAAGUGACAUUAUGAGACCCCGCAAGGAAGUUGGCUACAGAUUAUCAUUUUGCCGACGUCCGUUGUUGAAACAAUCAUCCAUUGUUGCUGGCCCUUUGGAUCUUGAAGUUGCUUUGAUGGUUAGUGCUCCUAUUGAUCUCAGAGCAGUACAAGUAUACUCUAGGAUCUUCCCCCCUUAUGCAAUACAGAAGUCCAACACCUACUCUGAGAAACUAGAGAUCGAAGUUCUUGAUGAAACUGGAAAGUUGCUGACUUAUAGCCAUUUUAAUGACAAGGUGGAAUAUAACACUGAAGUAAUGGUUCAUUUAAAUAAAUUUGUGCGCCUCACUCAAGAUCGAACAUACAGAGUUAUUGUCAAACUGAUGGACAGUAUGACAGAGUAUCCUCUCAGUUUUCUUGGUCAGUUUGCUCGCUCCCAGGAUAUUAAUUUUACCUUCAUGGAUAGAGCUGCUAAGGCAGGACCCGGUUUUGUUAAUCGGUUAGACAUGGGCUUCAUUAGAGGAUUUGCAUAUUCUUAGAUUGUAGUUGAACAGCAGCAUCAAAAACUUCAGUAGAUCAAAAAAAAAAAAAAAUCGUCUUUUAAAUUUACAAAAUUUGCCUUCAAAACUUUAAAAAAAAAUUGGUGGAUGGUAGCCUUGGUGGUAAUUUUUUUUCCUCUAUUUAGGUUUACUGACAUUGUGUCAGCUUUUUCAUCUAAAAUUUCUCGUAGCAAAGGCAAGUUUGCAAAAAGUGUUUCUCUACAUUUUUUCUAGUAUGUAUAGAGAAUCCCUUACUUCUCAAUUAUAGCUGCACAGGAUACAAAAACUGUUUAGUGAGAUUACAAACUUAUGUGUUACUAUUUGAUAUUUUCUCAACUUCAUUCUAUUUAAUAUUCAUGUGAUCUAGUUAGUAAUGGUAUCAGCAUCAGAAAACAAGAACACUUACUUCUGUCUUCAUCAGCACCAUUAGGUGGUUUGUACAUGUACCCUAUUUUUCUUUACCUUAAAUAUUAACCAUGCUGUCUUUGUAAAAGAUGCAAGUGCUCUCUGGUCAGAGGUAUGCAAGAAAAAAUGGCUCUUUAUGAUAAUUUUUAUUUUAUUUUUAUGUGCUUGUUAUCCUGUAGUUUAGCAUUUUUAAACACAUCUUAUAAUUGUAAGGUUUCUUAGUACCUCAAUGAGUAUGCUAUGGGUGUGAUGAAAAGGAGAAAACGGAAAAAACUGUGAUAUUUUGAAUGGUAAUUUUGAAGUUGUGAACUUUGCGAUUUAUGUAUUUACACUGCUUGAACUUUACCCUGUAGUAGAUUAAUUUAUAAUGAUUCUUUCUGUAUUAUAUGCAUUUUAUUUUUGCUUUAUGUUGUGAACAAAUUUAGGACCUUCUUCUUAUUACUUGUACCAAACCUGGAGAUAUGGAACUGGCGUCCUCAAUAAAAUGAACAUGACGGGCUAGACCAGAUAACUGAUAAAUGUAAAGGAAAGAUUAUGUUGUGUCAUCGGUUUUUAUUCCUGUUCUAAUUACACGUCACUUGGUACAUAGUAUGUCAAUAAAUACAAAAUAUAUUAUCA